CCAUCACUGAAAACCCUAAGUUCAGUACUCAGUGACUGAACUUCCGGCAAAAUGGGAACUUUGAGGGGCAUUUGGAUUCCAAUAUGCUCCCUUAUAGCAUUUACCUCUUUUUGUGCACAAGGUGAACUUCAGGCAUCUGACCCCUCAGAGGCUCCCGUAAUGACCUUCAUUGGAUCAACAGUGGCUCCCAUUAUAAGAAGUAGUGUCUCUGCUCACAAUGGGCAAGUCUGCAGUACCUGGGGCAACUUCUACUUCAAGACAUUUGAUGGAGACAUCUUUCACUACCCUGGAACCUGCAACUACUUGUAUGCUUCCAACUGCAAAAGCACCUUUGAGGAUUUCAACAUUCAAAUCAGACGCUCUAUUAAGAAUAGGCUGCCCACAAUCAGCAACAUUGUGAUGAAGAUCGAUGGUGUUUUUAUUGAAAUGUCCAAUGGCAGCAUUACAGUGAACAGUCAACGUGUGGCACUUCCAUACAGUGUCUCUGGAGUCCAGAUUGGAAGAAGUGGAUUAUAUAUCAAAAUUGUUGCCAAACUGGGUCUGGAAUUCAUGUGGAAUGAAGAUGAUGCAGUAUUGCUGGAACUGGAUCCAAAAUUUUCCAACCAGACCUGUGGUCUUUGUGGCGACUACAAUGGGAUCCCAAUUUACAACGAGUUUAUAACAAACAAUGUUAAAGUCACUGAACUUCAGUAUGGGAACAUGCAGAAAUUGAAUGGACCUACAGAUACAUGCCAGGAUUUGACAGCGGCUCCACUAAGUAAUUGUACAGACACUAGAAGAAUAUGUGAAGUGAUUUUGACAGGUUCUGCGUUUUCCACCUGUAAUCUUCUUGUGGAUCCCCGGAAGUACAUUGAAGCCUGUGUUCAGGACCUUUGUCGAUGUGCAGAGGAUGCAUUUGGAUUCUGCCUAUGUAACACGUUCACUGAAUACUCCCGCCAGUGUACCCAUGCUGGAGGAAGGCCUCACAAUUGGAGAAGUGCUCAGCUUUGCCCCUUACAAUGUAAUUACAACCUGGAGUACAAGGAAUGUGGAAGUCCAUGUCCAAACACCUGCACCAACCCUGACAGGUCAUCAGUCUGUGACAGUCACUGUAUCGACGGAUGCUUCUGUCCUGCAGGGACGGUGUUUGAUGAUAUCAACAACUUGGGCUGUAUACCACUCCAACAGUGCGCCUGCACUUUCAAUGGGGAAGUCUAUGCAUCAGGAACGGGAUACUCUGCACAGUGUCGAUCUUGCACUUGUCUAGGAGGCAUGUGGAAAUGUUCUGAAGAAGCUUGCUUGGGGUCAUGUUCUAUUGAAGGUGGAUCCCAUAUAACAUCAUUUGAUUUUACUCAUUAUACCUUCCAUGGAGACUGCAGCUAUGUCAUUUCUAAGACGUGCAACAACAACACAUUCAAUGUGCUGGGAGAACUGCGUAAGUGUGGCCUGACGGACACCGAAACCUGUUUAAAAAGCAUCAUCCUCAGUCUGAACAAUGGAAAAGAUUUUAUCUAUAUCAAACCCUGCGGCAGUGUGUAUGUGAACUCAUUGUUCACCCAGUUACCUAUCUCUUCAGCUAGUGUCACCAUCUUCAAGCCUUCCUCCUUCUUCAUCAUUGUGCAAACAACAUUUGGAGUUCAACUUCAGAUUCAGCUAGUACCACUCAUGCAACUCUACAUUUUCCUGGACCCUACAUAUAAAAACAAGGUUUGCGGUCUCUGUGGAAACUUCAACAACAUCCAAGCCGAUGAUUUCAAAGUCCUAAGUGGGGUAAUUGAAGGAACUGGGUCUUCCUUUGCGAAUACAUGGAUGACGCAAGUCAACUGCCCAAGUGUUACAAACAGCUUUGAAAAUCCAUGUUCCUUGAGCAUUGAAAAUGAGCAAUAUGCGACACACUGGUGCUCCAUGUUAAAAGAUCCCGAGGGAAAGUUUGCAGCAUGCCAUCUUAAAGUGAAUCCAGAUGUUUAUUUUAAGAACUGUAUGUUUGACACAUGUAAUUGUGCAGAGAGUGAAAAAUGCAUGUGUGCGGCCCUUUCUUCUUACGCCCAUGCCUGUUCUAGAGAAGGAAUCAUGCUCUCUGGAUGGAGGCAAAAUGUCUGCAGUACGUACACCACCACCUGCCCUAAAUCUUUAUCAUACACUUACAACAUCGACACUUGUCAGCCAACCUGCCGCUCCCUUAGUGAACAUGACAUCACCUGUGACAUCUCCUUUGUGCCCAUCGAUGGCUGCAUCUGUCAAAAUGGAACCUACCUAGAUGACACUGGUGUGUGCGUUGUCCCAUCAUCCUGUCCUUGCUAUUACAAAGGCACAGCGGUACCUCCAGGAGAAGUUGUCCAUGACAACGGGGCCAUAUGCACUUGCACCAUGGGAAAACUGGACUGCAUUGGUCAACAGCCACAAAUAACAGCUUGUGAUGCCCCAAAGGUUUAUUUUGACUGCACCAACCAAACUGCUGGCACCAAGGGCUCAGAGUGCCAGAAGAGCUGCCAGACCUUAGACAUGAGCUGUUAUAGUACCAAGUGUGUAUCUGGCUGUGUUUGCCCUGAAGGCCUUAUAUCUGAUGGGAAAGGAAGAUGUAUACACGAAGAAGAAUGUCCAUGUUUACAUAACAAUGACGUAUACCCAGCAGGCUCUAAAAUCCAAGUGAAAUGCAAUACUUGUACCUGUGUCAACAGAAAGUGGAACUGCUCUAGUGAGGUAUGCCUGGGGACAUGUACAGUGUACGGAGAUGGCCAUUACCAAACGUUUGACAGCAAAAGAUACAGUUUCAGUGGUGACUGUGAAUAUACAUUGGCUCAAGAUUACUGCAACAGUGACUCAAAUGGAACAUUUAGAAUAAUUACAGAAAACAUUCCAUGUGGAUCUACAGGGACUACCUGCUCAAAAUCCAUCAAGGUCUUCCUGGGUAACUACGAGCUUAUACUCAGUGAUCAGAAAUUUGAGGUUGUGAAGAGGGAUGGUGGGAACUAUGUGCCCUACAAGGUUCAUCAAAUGGGAAUCUAUAUGGUAAUAGAAGCCCUAAAUGGACUCGUUUUGGUGUGGGAUAAGAAGACCACUAUCUUUAUUAAACUUGAGCCAGAAUUCCAGGGUAAAGUUUGUGGACUUUGUGGUAACUACGAUGGAAAUGCCAUUAAUGACUUUACCACCAGAAGUUUCUCAGUGGUAGGAGAUGUAGUUGAAUUUGGCAACAGCUGGAAGCUCUCCCCAAGCUGUCCCGAUGCUGUGGACCUCAAAGAUCCCUGUAGUCUCAACCCGUACAGAAAAUCUUGGGCACAGAGACAAUGCAGCAUCAUCACUAGCAAUGCAUUUAAUGCAUGCCAUUCACUGGUCGACCCACUAAGAUAUUAUGAUGCUUGUGUUAAUGACGCAUGCGCCUGUGACACUGGUGGAGACUGCGAGUGCUUCUGUACUGCUGUAGCUUCGUAUGCCCAAGCUUGCAGCGAAGCUGGAGUCUGUGUCAGCUGGAGAACACCAACCAUGUGCCCUCUGUUCUGUGAUUUCUACAAUACUGAAGGACACUGUGAGUGGCACUACAAAGCAUGUGGAGCGCCAUGCAUGAAAACUUGCAGGAACCCUGCUGGAACAUGUUAUCACAACCUGCCGGGUCUAGAAGGUUGCUACCCUAACUGUCCAGAAGACAAGCCCUACUUUGAUGAAGAUACAAUGCAGUGUGUGCCGGCUUGUGACUGUUACGACGAUUAUGGCAAGAUUUACCACAUAGGAGACAAAAUGCCACCAGCUAGGAAUGGAACAUGCACAACCUGCAACUGCACAAAAGAAGGCAUGAAGUGUUAUGAUCUCAAAGAUUGCUGUACUUAUGAAGGCAAAAUGUACACAAACAAUCAGACAAUUUAUAAAACCACUGAUGGCUUAGGAGGCUGUUUCACAGCCAUUUGCAAGGAUGGAAGUAUCACCAGAUUCAUUGAUGAAUGUUCAACAACCACUACGGCAGUGCCUACCACAACAUUCAGCUUUUCUACCACCACACCUGUUACUAUAACCACUAGUCCUCCAUUCACUACUCCAAAUAUUACAACAGUUACAAAAGUGUGUGCCGAAUGCAGUUGGUCCCAGUGGUUUGAUGUAAGCUAUCCCCAUUUUGGCUCAGAUACCGGAGACUUCGAAACAUUUGAAAAUAUCAAAAAGAAAGGCUUUAAAAUAUGUGAUGCUCCCAGAAAUGUAGAGUGCAGAGCAAAAGCAUAUCCUUACGACCAAAUAGAGGAUUUAGGACAACGUGUAACAUGCAAUAAAGAUAUCGGGUUGACUUGUUAUAACAGAGAAAACCUGCCAGUCUGCUAUAAUUACCAAAUUAGAAUUGAAUGUUGUAGCUCUUACACAGAUUGUAGCACUCCAACUACUCCAAGUUCAUCCUCUCCAUCGGUUCCUGUAACAUCCACUACAGGACCAACUACAACAACCACUCCAAGUUUUUCAUCUACUACUUGUACAAACAUGGAUUGCCGCUAUACUGAGUGGUUUGAUUUGCAUGCACCUACUUCGGACAUCAGGGAUGGAGACAUUGAAACACUUGAAAAUAUCAAAUCAAGGGGAUAUGAGGUAUGCACAAAUGAAGAAUAUGAAACCAACAUACAAUGUGAAGCAAUUUAUUAUGGCACGUCACAAAAUGUCUUACAAAAACAGACUUACCAAUGCGAUCUAAGAAACGGAUUGGUUUGCAGAAACACAGAUCAAGUUGGAUCGUUCAAAAUAUGCUACAACUACAGAAUAAGGAUUGAAUGCUGCUCUAAGUAUUGUGAAAAAUCAACUCCAUCCAGUACUACUACAGUUAGCACAUCAACACCUCCAACAACCACACCAUAUAUUACAGAAACAACAACUUCAGUAUCAACACCAUCAACUCCUCCUCCAUCAUCUACUACUACAUCGAUAGUUACAGAGACAACAACUACAAUUAUUUCCACCACUACCUGUACAAAAAUGGACUGUCGUUACACAGACUGGUUUGAUCUCCACACACCAACACCUGGAAAUGACAAUGGGGAGGUUGAGAAUUUGGAAAGUAUUAAAGCCUUAAGAUAUGCAGUUUGUACAGAAGACGAAAUUGAAACCAACAUUCAAUGUGAGGCUGUAGUUAAGGAAGGAUCCUACAGGCAACUAGAGAAACAAAUCUACACUUGUGAUUUAAAGAAUGGAUUAAUAUGUAACAACAACAAUCAGACAGGAUCGUCUAAAACAUGCUACAACUACAGAAUAAGAAUUGAAUGCUGCUCUAAGUAUUGUGAAAAAUCAACUCCCUCCAGUACUACUACAGUUAGCACACCAACACCUCCAACAACCACACCAUAUAUUACAGAAACAACAACUUCAGUAUCAACACCAUCAACUACUCCUCCAUCAUCUACUACUACAUCGAUAGUUACAGAGACAACAACUCCAAUUAGUUCCACUACUACCUGUACAAAAAUGGACUGUCGUUACACAGACUGGUUUGAUCUCCACACACCAACACCUGGAAAUGACAAUGGGGAGGUUGAGAAUUUGGAAAGUAUUAAAGCCUUAAGAUAUGCAGUUUGUACAGAAGACGAAAUUGAAACCAACAUUCAAUGUGAGGCUGUAGUUAAGGAAGGAUCCUACAGUCAACUAGAGAAACAAAUCUACACUUGUGAUUUAAAGAAUGGAUUAAUAUGUAACAACAAUUAUCAGACAGGAUCAUCUAAAACAUGCUACAACUACAGAAUAAGAAUUGAAUGCUGCUCUAAGUAUUGUGAAAAAUCAACUCCAUCCAGUACUACUACGGUUAGCACACCAACACCUCCAACAACCACACCAUAUAUUACAGAAACAACAACUUCAGUAUCAACACCAUCAACUACUCCUCCAUCAUCUACUACUACAUCGAUUGUUACAGAGACAACAACUCCAAUUAGUUCCACUACUACCUGUACAAAAAUGGACUGUCGUUACACAGACUGGUUUGAUCUCCACACACCAACACCUGGAAAUGACAAUGGGGAGGUUGAGAAUUUGGAAAGUAUUAAAGCCUUAAGAUAUGCAGUUUGUACAGAAGACGAAAUUGAAACCAACAUUCAAUGUGAGGCUGUAGUUAAGGAAGGAUCCUACAGUCAACUAGAGAAACAAAUCUACACUUGUGAUUUAAAGAAUGGAUUAAUAUGUAACAACAAUUAUCAGACAGGAUCAUCUAAAACAUGCUACAACUACAGAAUAAGAAUUGAAUGCUGCUCUAAGUAUUGUGAAAAAUCAACUCCAUCCAGUACUACUACAGUUAGCACACCAACACCUCCAACAACCACACCAUAUAUUACAGAAACAACAACUUCAGUAUCAACACCAUCAACUACUCCUCCAUCAUCUACUACUACAUCGAUUGUUACAGAGACAACAACUCCAAUUAGUUCCACUACUACCUGUACAAAAAUGGACUGUCGUUACACAGACUGGUUUGAUCUCCACACACCAACAUCUGGAAAUGAAAAUGGAGAAACUGAGAAUUUGGAAGCUAUUAAAAGGUUAAAAUAUGCAGUUUGUACAGAAGACGAAAUUGAAACCAACAUUCAAUGUGAGGCUGCAGUUAAGGAAGGAUCCUACAGUCAACUAGAGAAACAAAUCUACACUUGUGAUUUAAAGAAUGGAUUAAUAUGUAACAACAACGAUCAGACGGGAUCAUCAAAAACAUGCUACAACUACAGAAUAAGAAUUGAAUGCUGCUCUAAGUAUUGUGAAAAAUCAACUCCAUCCAGUACUUCUACAGUUAGCACAUCAACACCUCCAACAACCACACCAUAUAUUACAGAAACAACAACUUCAGUAUCAACACCAUCAACUACUCCUCCAUCAUCUACUACUACAUCGAUUGUUACAGAGACAACAACUCCAAUUAGUUCCACUACUACCUGUACAAAAAUGGACUGUCGUUACACAGACUGGUUUGAUCUCCACACACCAACACCUGGAAAUAACAAUGGAGAAACUGAGAAUUUGGAAGCUAUUAAAAGGUUACAAAAUGCAGUUUGUACAGAAGACGAAAUUGAAACCAACAUUCAAUGUGAGGCUGUAGUUAAGGAAGGAUCCUACAGUCAACAAGAGAAACAAAUCUACACUUGUGAUUUAAAGAAUGGAUUAAUAUGUAACAACAACGAUCAGACAGGAUCGUCUAAAACAUGCUACAACUACAGAAUAAGAAUUGAAUGCUGCUCUAAGUAUUGUGAAAAAUCAACUCCAUCCAGUACUACUACUGUUAGCACAUCGACACCUCCAACAACCACACCAUAUAGUACAGAAACAACAACUUCAGUAUCAACACCAUCAACUACUCCUCCAUCAUCUACUACUACAUCGAUUGUUACAGAGACAACAACUCCAAUUAGUUCCACUACUACCUGUACAAAAAUGGACUGUCGUUACACAGACUGGUUUGAUCUCCACACACCAACAUCUGGAAAUGAAAAUGGAGAAACUGAGAAUUUGGAAGCUAUUAAAAGGUUAAAAUAUGCAGUUUGUACAGAAGACGAAAUUGAAACCAACAUUCAAUGUGAGGCUGCAGUUAAGGAAGGAUCCUACAGUCAACUAGAGAAACAAAUCUACACUUGUGAUUUAAAGAAUGGAUUAAUAUGUAACAACAACGAUCAGACAGGAUCAACAAAAACAUGCUACAACUACAGAAUAAGAAUUGAAUGCUGCUCUAAGUAUUGUGAAAAAUCAACUCCAUCCAGUACUUCUACAGUUAGCACAUCAACACCUCCAACAACCACACCAUAUAUUACAGAAACAACAACUUCAGUAUCAACACCAUCAACUACUCCUCCAUCAUCUACUACUACAUCGAUUGUUACAGAGACAACAACUCCAAUUAGUUCCACUACUACCUGUACAAAAAUGGACUGUCGUUACACAGACUGGUUUGAUCUCCACACACCAACACCUGGAAAUAACAAUGGAGAAACUGAGAAUUUGGAAGCUAUUAAAAGGUUACAAAAUGCAGUUUGUACAGAAGACGAAAUUGAAACCAACAUUCAAUGUGAGGCUGUAGUUAAGGAAGGAUCCUACAGUCAACAAGAGAAACAAAUCUACACUUGUGAUUUAAAGAAUGGAUUAAUAUGUAACAACAACGAUCAGACAGGAUCGUCUAAAACAUGCUACAACUACAGAAUAAGAAUUGAAUGCUGCUCUAAGUAUUGUGAAAAAUCAACUCCAUCCAGUACUACUACUGUUAGCACAUCGACACCUCCAACAACCACACCAUAUAGUACAGAAACAACAACUUCAGUAUCAACACCAUCAACUACUCCUCCAUCAUCUACUACUACAUCGAUUGUUACAGAGACAACAACUCCAAUUAGUUCCACUACUACCUGUACAAAAAUGGACUGUCGUUACACAGACUGGUUUGAUCUCCACACACCAACAUCUGGAAAUGAAAAUGGAGAAACUGAGAAUUUGGAAGCUAUUAAAAGGUUAAAAUAUGCAGUUUGUACAGAAGACGAAAUUGAAACCAACAUUCAAUGUGAGGCUGCAGUUAAGGAAGGAUCCUACAGUCAACUAGAGAAACAAAUCUACACUUGUGAUUUAAAGAAUGGAUUAAUAUGUAACAACAACGAUCAGACAGGAUCAACAAAAACAUGCUACAACUACAGAAUAAGAAUUGAAUGCUGCUCUAAGUAUUGUGAAAAAUCAACUCCAUCCAGUACUUCUACAGUUAGCACAUCAACACCUCCAACAACCACACCAUAUAUUACAGAAACAACAACUUCAGUAUCAACACCAUCAACUACUCCUCCAUCAUCUACUACUACAUCGAUUGUUACAGAGACAACAACUCCAAUUAGUUCCACUACUACCUGUACAAAAAUGGACUGUCGUUACACAGACUGGUUUGAUCUCCACACACCAACAUCUGGAAAUGAAAAUGGAGAAACUGAGAAUUUGGAAGCUAUUAAAAGGUUAAAAUAUGCAGUUUGUACAGAAGACGAAAUUGAAACCAACAUUCAAUGUGAGGCUGCAGUUAAGGAAGGAUCCUACAGUCAACUAGAGAGACAAAUCUACACUUGUGAUUUAAAGAAUGGAUUAAUAUGUAACAACAACGAUCAGACAGGAUCAACAAAAACAUGCUACAACUACAGAAUAAGAAUUGAAUGCUGCUCUAAGUAUUGUGAAAAAUCAACUCCAUCCAGUACUUCUACAGUUAGCACAUCAACACCUCCAACAACCACACCAUAUAUUACAGAAACAACAACUUCAGUAUCAACACCAUCAACUACUCCUCCAUCAUCUACUACUACAUCGAUUGUUACAGAGACAACAACUCCAAUUAGUUCCACUACUACCUGUACAAAAAUGGACUGUCGUUACACAGACUGGUUUGAUCUCCACACACCAACACCUGGAAAUGACAAUGGGGAGGUUGAGAAUUUGGAAAGUAUUAAAGCCUUAAAAUAUGCAGUUUGCACAGAAGAUGAAAUUGAAACCAACAUUCAAUGUGAAGCUGUAGUUAAGGAAGGAUCCUACAGUCAACUAGAGAAACAAAUCUACACUUGUGAUUUAAAGAAUGGAUUAAAAUGUAACAACAACGCUCAGACAGGAUCAUCAAAAACAUGCUACAACUACAGAAUAAGAAUUGAAUGCUGCUCUAAGUAUUGUGCAAAAUCAACUCCAUCCAGUACUACUACAGUUAGCACAUCAACACCUCCAACAACCACACCAUAUGUUACAGAAACAACAACUUCAGUAUCAACACCAUCAUCUACUACAACUGUGACAGUGCCAACCACUACUACCAUUGGCUCAACAACUACCCCAUCAUCAACCACAUCAACUGUUUCUACUACCUCUGUGACACCACCAACCACUUCCCCAUUAUCAAGCACCACAACUAGCACAGGAACCACAACCAGUACCACCACCAGCAGCUUACCAACCACCGUAUCAACUGUCUCAACUACCCCAGUAACACAUCCACCCACCUCCCCGUCCUCAAGCACUACAUCUGGCACAGGAACAACAACCACAACUACUACUACCACUGGCUCAACAACUACCCCAUCAUCCACCACAUCAACUGUUUCUACUACCUCUGUGACACCACCAACCACUUCCCCAUUAUCAAGCACAACAAGUGGCACAGGAACAACAACCAUAAGUAGUACCACAACUCCCAGCUCAACAACCACCCCAUCAACUGUCUCAACUAACCCAGUAACACAUCCACCCACCUCCCCGUCCUCAAGCACUACAUCUGGCACAGGAACAACAACCACAACUACUACUACCACUGGCUCAACAACUACCCCAUCAUCAACCACAUUAACUGUCUCUACUACCUCUGUGACACCACCAACCACUUCCCCAUUAUCAAGCACCACAAGUGGCACAGGAACAACAACCAUAACUAGUACCACAACUUCCAGCUCAACAACCACCCCAUCAACUGUCUCAACUACCCCAGUAACACCCCCAACCACCUCCCAAUCCUCAAGCACUACAUCUGGCACAGGAACAACAACCACAACUACUACUACCACUGGCUCAACAACUACCCCAUCAUCCACCACAUCAACAGUUUCAACUACCUCUGUCACACCACCAACCACUUCCCCAUUAUCAAGCACCACAAGUGGCACAGGAACAACCACCAUAACUAGUACCACAACUUCCAGCUCAACAACCACCCCAUCAACUGUCUCAACUACCCCGGUAACACCCCCAACCACCUCCCAAUCCUCAAGCACUACAUCUGGCACAGGAACAACAACCACAACUACUACUACCACUGUCUCAACAACUACUCCAUCAUCCACCACAUCAACUGUUUCUUCUACCUCUGUGACACCACCAACCACUUCCCCAUUAUCAAGCACCACAAGUGGCACAGGAACCACAACCAGUACCACCACCAGCAGCUUACCAACCACCGUAUCAACUGUCUCAACUACCCCAGUAACACAUCCACCCACCUCCCCGUCCUCAAGCACUACAUCUGGCACAGGAACAACAACCACAACUACUACUACCACUGGCCCAACAACUACCCCAUCAUCCACCACAUCAACUGUUUCUACUACCUCUGUGACACCACCAACCACUUCUCCAUUAUCAAGCACCACAAGUGGCACAGGAACAACAACCAUAACUAGUACCACAACUUCCAGCUCAACAACCACCCCAUCAACUGUCUCAACUACCCCAGUAACACCCCCAACCACCUCCCCAUCCUCAAGCACUACAUCUGGCACAGGAACAACAACCACAACUACUACUACCACUGGCUCAACAACUACCCCAUCAUCCACCACAUCAACUGUUUCUACUACCUCUGUCACACCACCAACCACUUCCCCAUUAUCAAGCACCACAAGUGGCACAGGAACAACAACCAUAAGUAGUACCACAACUCCCAGCUCAACAACCACCACAUCAACUGUCUCAACUACCCCAGUAACACCCCCAACCACCUCCCCAUCCUCAAGCACUACAUCUGGCACAGGAACAACAACCACAACUACUAUUACUACUGGCCCAACAACUACCCCAUCAUCCACCACAUCAACUGUCUCUACUACCUCUGUGACACCACCAACCACUUCCCCAUUAUCAACCACCACAACUGGCACAGGAACCACAACCAGUACCACCACCAGCAGCUUACCAACCACUGUAUCAACUGUCUCAACUACCCCAGUAACACAUCCACCCACCUCCCCGUCCUCAAGCACUACAUCUGGCACAGGAACAACAACCACAACUACUACUACCACUGGCGCAACAACUACCCCAUCAUCCACCACAUCAACUGUUUCUACUACCUCUGUGACACCACCAACCACUUCCCCAUUAUCAAGCACAAGUGGCACAGGAACAACAACCAUAAGUAGUACCACAACUCCCAACUCAACAACCACCCCAUCAACUGUCUCAACUACCCCACUAACACCCCCAACCACCUCCCCAUCCUCAAGCACUACAUCUGGCACAGGAACAACAACCACAACUACUACUACCACUGGCCCAACCACUACCCCAUCAUCCACCACAACAACUGUUUCUACUACCUCUGUGACACCACCAACCACUUCCCCAUUAUCAAGCACCACAAGUGGCACAGGAACAACAACCAUAACUAGUACCACAACUUCCAGCUCAACAACCACCCCAUCAACUGUCUCAACUACCCCAGUAACACCCCCAACCACCUCCCCAUCCUCAAGCACUACAUCUGGCACAGGAACAACAACCACAACUACUACUACCACUGGCCCAACAACUACCCCAUCAUCCACCACAUCAACUGUCUCUACUACCUCUGUGACACCACCAACCACUUCCCCAUUAUCAAGCACCACAACUGGCACAGGAACCACAACCAGUACCACCACCAGCAGCUUACCAACCACCGUAUCAACUGUCUCAACUACCCCAGUAACACAUCCACCCACCUCCCCGUCCUCAAGCACUACAUCUGGCACAGGAACAACAACCACAACUACUACUACCACUGGCCCAACAACUACCCCAUCAUCCACCACAUCAACUGUUUCUAUUACCUCUGUGACACCACCAACCACUUCCCCAUUAUCAAGUACCACAAGUGGCACAGGAACAACAACCAUAACUAGUACCACAACUUCCAGCUCAACAACCACCCCAUCAACUGUCUCAACUACCCCAGUAACACCCCCAACCACCUCCCCAUCCUCAAGCUCUACAUCUGGCACAGGAACAACAACCACAACUACUACUACCACUGGCCCAACAACUACCCCAUCAUCCACCACAUCAACUGUCUCUACUACCUCUGUGACACCACCAACCACUUCCCCAUUAUCAAGCACCACAACUGGCACAGGAACCACAACCAGUACCACCACCAGCAGCUUACCAACCACUGUAUCAACUGUCUCAACUACCCCAGUAACACAUCCACCCACCUCCCCGUCCUCAAGCACUACAUCUGGCCCAGGAACAACAACCACAACUACUACUACCACUGGCUCAACAACUAUCCCAUCAUCCACCACAUCAACUGUUUCUACUACCUCUGUGACACCACCAACCACUUCCCCAUUAUCAAGCACCACAAGUGGCCCAGGAACAACAACCAUAAGUAGUACCACAACUCCCAGCUCAACAACCACCCCAUCAACUGUCUCAACUACCCCAGUAACACCCCCAACCACCUCCCCAUCCUCAAGCACUACAUCUGGCACAGGAACAACAACCACAACUACUACUACCACUGGCCCAACAACUACCCCAUCAUCCACCACAUCAACUGUCUCUACUACCUCUGUGACACCACCAACCACUUCCCCAUUAUCAAGCACCACAACUGGCACAGGAACCACAACCAGUACCACCACCAGCAGCUUACCAACCACCGUAUCAACUGUCUCAACUACCCCAGUAACACAUCCACCCACCUCCCCGUCCUCAAGCACUACAUCUGGCCCAGGAACAACAACCACAACUACUACUACCACUGGCUCAACAACUACCCCAUCAUCCACCACAUCUACUGUUUCUACUACCUCUGUGACACCACCAACCACUUCCCCAUUAUCAAGCACCACAAGUGGCACAGGAACAACAACCAUAAGUAGUACCACAACUCCCAGCUCAACAACCACCCCAUCAACUGUCUCAACUACCCCAGUAACACCCCCAACCACCUCCCCAUCCUCAAGCACUACAUCUGGCACAGGAACAACAACCACAACUACUACUACCACUGGCCCAACAACUACCCCAUCAUCCACCACAUCAACUGUCUCUACUACCUCUGUGACACCACCAACCACUUCCCCAUUAUCAAGCACCACAACUGGCACAGGAACCACAACCAGUACCACCACCAACAGCUUACCAACCACCGUAUCAACUGUCUCAACUACCCCAGUAACACAUCCACCCACCUCCCCGUCCUCAAGCACUACAUCUGGCCCAGGAACAACAACCACAACUACUACUACCACUGGCUCAACAACUACCCCAUCAUCCACCACAUCUACUGUUUCUACUACCUCUGUGACACCACCAACCACUUCCCCAUUAUCAAGCACCACAAGUGGCACAGGAACAACAACCAUAAGUAGUACCACAACUCCCAGCUCAACAACCACCCCAUCAACUGUCUCAACUACCCCAGUAACACCCCCAACCACCUCCCCAUCCUCAAGCACUACAUCUGGCACAGGAACAACAACCACAACUACUACUACCACUGGCCCAACAACUACCCCAUCAUCCACCACAUCAACUGUCUUUACUACCUCUGUGACACCACCAACCACUUCCCCAUUAUCAAGCACCACAACUGGCACAGGAACCACAACCAGUACCACCACCAGCAGCUUACCAACCACCGUAUCAACUGUCUCAACUACCCCAGUAACACCCCCAACCACCUCCCAAUCCUCAAGCACUACAUCUGGCACAGGAACAACAACCACAACUACUACUACCACUGGCUCAACAACUACCCCAUCAUCCACCACAUCAACUGUUUCUACUACCUCUGUCACACCACCAACCACUUCCCCAUUAUCAAGCACAAGUGGCACAGGAACAACAACCAUAAGUAGUACCACAACUCCCAGCUCAACAACCACCACAUCAACUGUCUCAACUACCCCAGUAACACCUCCAACCACCUCCCCAUCCUCAAGCACUACAUCUGGCACAGGAACAACAACCACAACUACUAUUACUACUGGCACAACAACUACCCCAUCAUCCACCACAUCAACUGUCUCUACUACCUCUGUGACACCACCAACCACUUCCCCAUUAUCAAGCACCACAACUGGCACAGGAACCACAACUAGUACCACCACCAGCAGCUUACCAACCACCGUAUCAACUGUCUCAACUACCCCAGUAACACAUCCACCCACCUCCCCGUCCUCAAGCACUACAUCUGGCACAGGAACAACAACCACAACUACUACUACCACUGGCUCAACAACUACCCCAUCAUCCACCACAUCAACUGUUUCUACUACCUCUGUGACACCACCAACCACUUCCCCAUUAUCAAGCACAACAAGUGGCACAGGAACAACAACCAUAAGUAGUACCACAACUCCCAGCUCAACAACCACCCCAUCAACUGUCUCAACUACCCCACUAACACCCCCAACCACCACCCCAUCCUCAAGCACUACAUCUGGCACAGGAACAACAACCACAACUACUACUACCACUGGCCCAACAACUACCCCAUCAUCCACCACAUCAACUGUUUCUACUACCUCUGUGACACCACCAACCACUUCCCCAUUAUCAAGCACCACAACUGGCACAGGAACCACAACUAGUACCACCACCAGCAGCUUACCAACCACCGUAUCAACUGUCUCAACUACCCCAAUAACACAUCCACCCACCUCCCCGUCCUCAAGCACUACAUCUGGCACAGGAACAACAACCACAACUACUACUACCACUGGCUCAACAACUACCCCAUCAUCCACCACAUCAACUGUUUCUACUACCUCUGUGACACCACCAACCACUUCCCCAUUAUCAAGCACCACAAGUGGCACAGGAACAACAACCAUAAGUAGUACCACAACUCCCAGCUCAACAACCACCCCAUCAACUGUCUCAACUACCCCAGUAACACCCCCAACCACCUCCCCAUCCUCAAGCACUACAUCUGGCACAGGAACAACAACCACAACUACUACUACCACUGGCCCAACAACUACCCCAUCAUCCACCACAUCAACUGUUUCUACUACCUCUGUGACACCACCAACCACUUCCCCAUUAUCAAACACCACAACUGGCACAGGAACAACAACCAUAACUAGUACCACAAUUUCCAGCUCAACAACCACCCCAUCAACUGUCUCAACUACCCCAGUAACACCCCCAACCACCUCCCCAUCCUCAAGCACUACAUCUGGCACAGGAACAACAACCACAACCACUACUACCACUGGCCCAACAACUACCCCAUCAUCCACCACAUCAACUGUUUCUACUACCUCUGUGACACCACCAACCACUUCCCCAUUAUCAAGCACCACAACUGGCACAGGAACCACAACCAGUACCACCACCAGCAGCGUACCAACCACUAUAUCAACUGUCUCAACUUCCCCAGUAACACAUCCACCCACCUCCCUGUCCUCAAGCACUACAUCUGGCCCAGUAACAACAACCACCACAACUGCUACUACCACCAGCUCAAUGACUACCCCAUCAUCAACCACAUCAACUGUCUCUACUACCUCUGUGACACCACCAACCACUUCCCAAAUACCAAGCACCACGAGUGGCACAGAAACAACAACCAUAACUAGUACCACAACUCCCAGCUCAACAACCACCCCAUCAACUGCCUCAACUACCACAGUAACACCCCCAACCACCUCCCCAUCCUCAAGCACUACAUCUGGCACAGGAACAACAACCACAACUACUACCACUGGCUCAACAACUACCCCAUCAUCAACCACAUCAACUGUUUCUACUACCUCUGUGACACCACCAACCACUUCCCCAUUAUCAAGCACCACAACUGGCACAGGAACAACAACAACUAGUACCACUACUUCCAGUUCAACAACCACCCCAUCAACUGUCUCAACUACCCCAGUAACAGCCCCAACCACCUCCCCAUCCUCAAGCACUACAUCUGGCACAGGGACAACAACCAACACUAUUACUACUACCACAGGGUCAACAACUACCCCUUCAUCAACCACAUCAACUGUGUCAACUACUUCAGGAAUACCGACAACAACCUCUCCAUCCUCAAGCACUACAUCUGGCACAGGAACAACUACUACUACCACAUCAACAGUCUCAACUUCCUCAGUAACACCACCAAGUUCAUCUUCAUCCUCAACAACCACUUUUAGCACUGGAACAACGUCUUCUACUACUGUCACAUCUUUUUUCACAGUUACUGUCACAUCUACUUCUGGAACUACCACAUCACCAACACCAACAUCUUCGAGUAUUACAUCUUCUACGACCCCAACUUCAACAUCUACAUUAUUAUCCACAAGCUUGUCACAAACUCCUUUUUUUGUCACAACAUCAACUUUAUCAUCAACUACUUCUCCUACGUCCUCUUCAACUGCCAGCACAACUACCUGUUUCUGUAAAGUGAAUGAAAUCUUGUUCUCACCAGGUGAAAAACUCUACACAACAGCAGACAGUGAUGGUUGUGAAUAUUAUGCAGUAUGUGGCAAACUGUGUACUCCAGAAAGGUUUAUGAAAAACUGCACUACACCACCAACCACUGCCCCGACAACACCUACCACUGUAACUACUAUUCCAUCAACUCCAUCAACAGUAUCAAGUCCUACUCCGACAUCAACUCUUCCUGUAUCUAGUUCUACAACUUGUGGAAUUUGUCAAUGCCAAAUGCCCAAAUGUGAACCAGGCUUCCGUGUGGCUACAUUUAUACCAUAUGGAGCCUGCUGCCCCAAUAUCACAUGUGUUCCUGAUGCUGUCUGUGUGGUGGGAAAUGAAGUUUACCAGCGUGGUUCAGUCAUACCACAACCCAAAGAUGCCUGCCAGACGUGUACCUGUUCAUAUGACAUGAACAUGGAUUCUGAGUUUUACGCUAUCAAAUGUCAGCCUAUAGUUUGUGAGACUACCUGUAAGCAAGGAUUUGUAUACAAACAGAAGGCAGGGGAAUGCUGUGGCGAAUGUGUGGCCCAGCAGUGCACCAUGACAGGAAACAAUGGCACACAAAUAAAUAUCAAGAUUGGAGAUGACUAUUAUCCUACAAGCAGCACUUGUGCUUACUAUGAAUGUCUUGAGGAAAAUGGACAACCAGUUUUGACUAAAGUGAAGAAAGUAUGCCAAGAAAUCGACAUUACCAGAUGUGAACUGAAUACACUUACAUUUGAACCUGAUGGCUGUUGCCGAACAUGCACAUACAAAACCGUUAAAGAAGAGAAAGUACCUGAAGUAAUAGAAGACUGCAGUGCUCGUAAGAAUGUGACGGUCUUGAAAGAAGGAGACUGCGAGCUGCUUGUGGAACUCACAUAUUGUGGAGGACCUUGUAUGGGAACAUCCAUCUACUCAAUGAGCACACAGAAUAUUAAUCAUCAAUGUACCUGCUGCACAGAAAUGGCUGUAGAAGAAAAGACUGCAAGACUGCUUUGCGUGGAUGGAACAUACAAAAGCUACACCUACACUGAUGUGGUUAGCUGUGGCUGUGCCGGAGCUGUGUGCAUCCCGUCUGUGUAGUCAUCUGUAUUAGGAAAAUAAAGGAGAAAUGCAGCUGAGCAAUAGUUAAAAGCUAAAAAAAGUAAUAUGAUGUAAUGCCAUUUGUGUUCUUAAACAUAUGACCCAUAUCUACUGGUUAAAAUAUUAAAUUAUUAGUUUCUUAGAAGCAAAAAAACUAAUCACUGGGUCAAGAUAACCUAAUGGUGAAAGGGAACAUCUUCUGGAACACAAAUCUAACUUUGAUGAGCACUGGGUCAAGACGAUUUGUGAAUCUUGUUUUAUUCUCUUAUGACUUUUUAAGUAAGCUAUUAAUAAACUUCAAAGUUGAAA